CUAUUCUCGCGAGGUUUUGGUUCAGUACAAGAGGCCGCGAGACCUGCAUUGGCGCGGGUACACAAAAAGAAGCUUCCACAUUUAGCCAGCUUCACAAGUGGUGAUGGAGGUGAAGGUGGUGGAGAAGAUCUACCUGCUGGUGCUGGUCACCCUCCUCAGCGUGCUGCAAAAUGCUUUCUUCGCCCUGAAGGUGGAGAAGGAAUGUAAGAUCCACAACACCCGCACCUCCGCCUUUGAGAGAGUGUCCUGUGCCAGCCGCAACUGCAUGGACGCCUACGCCACUUUCCUGGCCGCCAUGUGGUGUGCCGGCCUUUGUUUGAGUCAAGCUCCUGCUGCCUUUGCUGGUCUGAUCUACGUGGUGGUCCGACACAAGUACUUUGUGGGCUACAUGGGGCAGAGCUGCCAGAGCACGCCAGGUUUCCUGUUUGGCAAACGCAUCCUGUUCUUCCUGCUGCUGAUGUCCAUGGUGGGAAUCUGCAACUACCUGCUGGUGUGUUUGUGCGGCAACAACUACACGGGCUACUUGGAGACCAUCACCAAGGCCGCCUCCGCCCUGCUGCUCAUCCCAUGAAGUCUCCCACCAAACUCUCCUUUUCGCAUUUUUUAUUACAAAUACAUGUCUGUCUGGUAUAAAAAUAAAUAUCUGCUCCAGCUCCUUCUUGGCGUCACCGCGUCUGGAAGGUCUUCGGCGAAAAGUGGUCUUUGUGUAAAAAAAAUUUAAAAAAAUACAAAGACUCCUCCUUCAGGUCAGUUGGAGCUGUGGAGGAGAGGAGAGGAGACGUAAAACAGCAGGACCAGGACUUAUGGGGUUGCAGAAAUCACUGUUUGUCAUUUUGUCAAAAAUUACUCUUCAAAUGGGUUUAUUUUGUGAUUGAUGCUGUAUUACUGCCUACCAAAACAUUCCUGUUAGUCUGAUUUUGGCUCUUCAUCCUUCCUCUCUCUUCUCAUAAGGUAAAAUAAAGAUAUGGAAGUUA